UUAUGGUGCUUCGGCGCGGUCUUGCAUCCUUAACCCGGCCACCUAACGGUUUGAGAUGCGACUUUCAGUUUCACGCACGAACCUCCCGAGCACGGAUCUUCAAAUCGUUACCGCUCAGUGUCAUCCGAACGGUGUUCGAAGUCGGAACUGUGCGAGCAGCAGUGGUAGCAACAGAAACAGCAGUAGCACCAUUGCCCCGGAGGAUAAUAAUCUUCAUCGAACGACAACUCGCCGCUGGUACCAUCGAGCCCCCGUGCAAGCAAUCGCGCCCUGACUAUUCGUGCUACCGUCAGACCAUGCUUAGCGGUGGAAAAGUACUAUCCGGCACGGAUGUUGCUAAAGAUAUACGCGAAAAGCUGAAAAAGGAUGUGGCCGAAAUUCGGCGCCAAGUGCCGACACUCGUGCCCGGAUUGGCGAUCGUGCAGGUUGGUGGCCGCGAAGAUUCUAACGUGUACAUUCGCAUGAAAAUUAAGGCGGCCGAGGAGAUCGGCAUGUAUGCCGAGCAUGUUCAGCUGCCGCGAUCGACAACGCAGGACGAGUUGCUGGCUACGGUCAAGCGACUUAACGAGGACCCAUGCUUCCACGGGAUCAUCGUGCAAAUGCCGCUGGAUUCGGAAACACCGAUCGACGCACAUCUUAUCACCGAUGCCGUUUCACCGGAUAAGGACGUUGAUGGCCUCAACACAGUUAACGAGGGUCGCGUGGCUGUCGGUGAUAUGAACGGGUUUCUUCCCUGCACACCGAACGGUUGUAUGGAGCUUAUCAGACGCACCGGAACCCCGAUCGCAGGAUCUUACGCGGUUGUGAUUGGGCGUAGUAAAAUUGUUGGCACGCCCAUGUCCGAGCUGCUAAAGUGGAGCGAUGCGACCGUUACCGUGUGCCAUUCGAAGACGAAGAACCUGAAUCUGUUGAUCAAGAAGGCAGACAUUCUGGUGGUAGCUGUUGGGCGCCCAGAAAUGGUCCGUGGCGCCUGGAUCAAACCGGGUGCCGUCGUGAUCGACUGUGGCAUCAACUCUAUUCCUGAUCCGACGAAGAAGAGCGGCCAGCGGCUGGUCGGUGACGUGAAGUACGACGAGGCGCUACCGGUUGCCGCGCACGUAACACCAGUUCCUGGAGGGGUCGGUCCCAUGACUGUGGCGAUGCUGAUGCAGAACACGGUUCAGUCUGCUCAGCGCGUUGCCCGGAGAUUGGUCGAAAUGGAGUUCCGCUGGUGUUUGAAAACUUUGCCGCUUAAGCUGACCGAACCUGUUCCGAGUGACAUUGAAAUUGCACACGGACAGGAGCCGAAGGAUGUGGCCGUGUUGGCGCAGGAGAUCGGCAUCAUACCGUCGGAGCUGUCUCUCUAUGGUACGAAGAAGGCCAAAGUAUCUCUGAAAGUGUUGGACCGGCUGCAAAACGAGGAGGACGGGAAAUACGUGGUCGUGGCAGGCAUUACUCCAACCCCACUGGGCGAAGGCAAGAGCACCACCCUUGUCGGGUUGGUGCAAGCGCUGUUUUCGCAAAAGCGUUGCAAUUCGAUCGCCUGCCUGCGCCAACCGUCGCAGGGUCCCACUUUCGGCAUCAAGGGCGGCGCGGCCGGAGGUGGCUACUCGCAAGUGCUGCCGAUGGAGGACUUCAACCUCCAUUUGACCGGCGACAUCCACGCGGUGACAGCGGCCAACAAUUUGCUGGCGGCUCAGUUGGACGCGCGGAUCUUCCACGAGGCAACCCAAACGGACCAGGCGCUGUACGAGCGGCUCGUGCCGGCCAUCAGGGGCUCCCGGAAGUUUGCCCCUAUCCAGCUGCGCCGCCUGAAGCGGCUUGGAAUCGAGAAAACGGAUCCGUACACACUGACGCCGGACGAGAUUAAGCGGUUCGCGCGGCUUAACAUUGAUCCGCACAACGUUACGUGGACUCGGGUAUUGGACGUGAACGAUCGGUAUCUGCGCAAAAUAACGAUCGGGCUGUCACCUACGGAGAAGAACCUGACGCGGGACACUAGUUUCGCGAUAUCCGUGUCGAGCGAAAUCAUGGCCAUACUGGCGCUCGCCACAAGCCUUGAGGACAUGAAGCAGCGGCUGGCGAAGAUGGUGGUCGCGUUCGAUAGGACCGGGGCACCUGUGACGGCCGAUGAUUUAGGUGUAACCGGAUCGAUGAUGGUCCUGCUAAAGGAUGCGAUCGAACCGACGCUGAUGCAAACUCUCGAAGGGACUCCCGUACUGGUACAUGCUGGCCCGUUCGCUAACAUUGCGCACGGCUGUUCGUCCAUCAUUGCGGACGACAUCGCCAUGAAGUUGGUCGGAAAACGAGGCUACGUGGUGACGGAGGCUGGCUUCGGCUCCGACAUUGGUAUGGAGAAGUUUUUCAACAUUAAGUGCCGUUCGUCGGGCAAAGUGCCCAACGCGGUCGUACUCGUAACGACCGUUCGCGCACUCAAGAUGCACGGCGGAGGACCGAUCGUUACGGCCGGAGCGCCGCUUCGCCGAGAGUAUAUGACCGAAAAUCUAGAACUGCUCGAGAAAGGACUACCGAAUUUGGUGAAGCACAUCGAAAAUGGACGCAAGUUCGGAAUUCCGGUAGUGGUGACCAUCAAUGCCCACGCCACCGAUACGCCGGCCGAGCAUGAGUUGGUUCGGAAGGCGUCCAAGGCGAACGGUGCGUUUGAGGCGGUCGUUUCGCACCACUGGGCUAAGGGUGGCGAAGGGGCGGCAGAGUUGGCGCAAGCCGUCAUCAAUGCUUGCGCAGAUCCCACGUCCGAUUUUAAGUUCCUGUACGAACUUGAUCUACCUAUCGAGGAUAAGAUAAGCAAAAUCGCAAAGGAGAUGUACGGUGCCGGUACAGUGGAGCUUAACAGCAAGGUUCGCGAUGCUAUUCGGGUUUACACGGACAAGGGCUACGCAAAGCUGCCGAUCUGCAUGGCAAAAACUUCGAACUCCCUCACCGGAGACCCCAGCGUCAAGGGUGCCCCGAAAGACUUUAAACUCGUCAUCAACGAUGUUUGUCUGUCUGCCGGUGCUGGUUUCAUUGUCCCAAUGUGCGGCGAAAUUUCUCGCAUGCCCGGCCUGCCUACGAGACCUUCGAUUUUCGACAUCGACCUGAACACUGAAACCGGCGAGAUAGAGGGACUGUUUUAAACGUCGGUCAGGCGUCUCAUGAUGAGUUUAAUCGUAGAACCAAAAAGGCGUUAUUUUUGUUUGCAUUUUCGUGCUCAUUGUUUCGUCUGUCGUUGACAAUCAAUUUUAACAACAACCUUCAACAGACAAUUUCAGCUUAUUGUGCCUUCGAUUGAAUUUCCCUUUACUGUUAUCUUCAGAUCUGUCUCAAAUAAAACACUUUGCCCAAAGCUUUCUUGAUCCAGAAAUUCUUUGAUCUGGUAUUGCUCUUUUUAUUCGCUACUGUUUUGUUGUGUUUUCCUACUAUUGUUUUCCUAUUGUCAACGAAAUAUAACCAUAUCCGCCCGUUUGCCUACAUAACUCUGUUCAACUACAUUCUGUUCAACGGCAGUCUCCCUAAAUUGAAUUGGAAGGAUAAGAAACGUAAAACUAAAAAUA